CUCCCUUGGUGGAUAACGGCCGGCGUCUGAGGAGGCUGCUAGGACGAAGAAGAAGGAGGAUUCGCCACCCAUUUGAAGCAGAAGAAGAAGAGGAAGAAGAAGAUUUACUCUUCAAUCUUGCCGUUGCUGAAGACUGGAACGAGAACCUUCUCUAGCCUAAUGCAUGGCUUCCCAUUCCCGGAAGGAAAACUAUGGGUAUUCGCUGCGGCCUCCACAGUCUCAGCCUUCAGCCACGAGUCUACGACGGGAAGAUCGGAACCCACCUGCCGCGCCAUACAAAUACGGUGCCCCUCCUCAUCCCUAUCGGCAGGUUGGAGCUAACCAAGGUGCGAUCCAGACCCAACCUUCAGCCACCAGUUUACGGCGGGAAGAUGUGAACCCAGCAGCUGCACCGUACAAAUAUGGUGCAGAUACCUACCGGCAGGCUGGAACGAACGAAGCUAUGAUCCGAGCCCUCCAUUCGGCGGGACGUACCCCGGAUCUCACGAGACAACCUGUAACAAGGUACAAAGGACCAGUACGGGCGGCUUCAAGAUUGCCGACAUCACAGCCCGGUCGUUCGUAUCCUGCAUAUUCCAGACCAAUGGCAUCUACUGGUAACCCACCUGAGUCACAGGCUGGUGGCAGAACACCAGAUGUAAUAGCACGUCUCCCCGGUUCCGCUCGACCUCAAAUGGAAGUUAAAUGGUGCAAGGAGUGCCACGGAUAUGUGCCUGCAGUCGGACACCAUCACCCGUUGGGAGAUAAACCCUAUCUUGGACGUCAUCUUGAGAAACAUCUUGAACGGUUUUCUCAAAUGGGAAUACCAAGGAAGCACCAUCAUAUUAAGAAACAUCGACGUGGUCGUGACGUAGAACACUUGUCGGAGCAGACAUCGACAGAGCUGACCCCGUCGCAGUCCACCAGCAAUGCUCCCAGCAACAUUGACCCCAGAAUUAAGACCCCUUUUUACAAGAAACUGAAACUCCCCAGCGGAAGGAAGGUGGAUGUGGUACACCGAAACCUUUAUUUGAAAAAAUGGUACAAGAAGCGGAUAAAGUGCGAAUACUGUCCUUUCAUCGUCAUAUUUGUCACCAUGCUCUUGAUGAUACUCGUUCUCUACCUCUAUCUUUACCAUCAAGAGGUGCUCUUCAAGAUCGUGAACUACCUUGUUUUUCCGCAGUUAAGCCCAACAACGACGCGCUGGAGAGUAUUCGGCCCGAGUAUGAAGCGGACACCGUUGGAUUCAACAUCGAAACAAAUCUGGAAUUUAUUUUUACGCCAAACAUGACUUCCACUUAUGAUCACACUACGCCUAAUAUUUUCAACAAAGACUAAUCCAAUCCACA